AUGGGAGAAUGGUGCCGCGUUCGCAAAGUCACACCGCUAACCUCCAGUGCCCAGGGCUGCUUUAGAGUAGACCUUUGCCCUUUGCGUGUGAGGAGGAAAAAUGAUAAUCCUACGCGACAGAGACUUAGCACCGCAGCGAUACUUCAGCACUUCCCUUCGAGUCUCUGUGAUCCUUGCUAUGACAAACAAUCUUCUGCACCUUCGACAGAUGCAAUCUUCAGUUCAAGAAAACAAAACACACUCCCCAAAACUGCCCCUCCGACCCAGUACGACCCAGUCAAACCCCAGCCCUUCAAGCACCGGUCACCACCUUCCUCCGCACAAAGCACACAACUGACGGACUCACCAAAACCACAGCCUACUUCCCACUCUAACCACUACCAAGUGCAUGCGUGCUCAAUGCUUCACCCACCACAAUCUCCCAUUCCCGCAACCAACAAACCAAAAUCCUCAAAGACCACAAUACUCGACCCUGACCACGCCUCACUUAACACCGCGCCCUCUUGCUUACAAACUCUUCCUCCUCCUCCUCUUCCUCUUCCUCCUCCUCCUCUUCCUCUUCCUCCUCCUCCUCUUCCUCUUCCUCCUCCUCCUCUUCCUCUUCCUCCUCCUCCUCUUCCUCUUCCUCCUCAAACCCCGUUUGCCGCUACCACACUCACCCUCAGUCCCAAACACAAACUCUUCCCCCAAAAACUCGGUCGCCCUCACACGAACAACGCACAAAACCCUCACUACCCGCCCCGACAGAAGUAAGAGCCAAGAGACAAGAGACGACAAGAGAGAGAGAGAGCAGCAGCCGAAGCAGCGAGA